AUGCCCUCAUUUCGUCCCACAAACUACUUCAACCACAGAAUCACAUGUCAACUUUGUUUUCAAAAAGGCCACACUGGCUUGACUUGUAGGAACGGUCCUGGUCACUCAUUCUCAAGUCACACUCCACCAUUAAGGCUCACAACUAACCACUACACCAUCCCAACACCUUUCCCCUCUGCCUCUUAUGUAUCAAACAUGCCCAACAACAAUCAUGCUGCUUUCACAAAUUGGUCCAUGUUGCCAAUGGUCAAGGAUCUUGUUUUGGGGAAACUUCUGUAUCAAGGCCCUACUGAAGAAAGUCUUUAUCCAAUUCAUCUCUCCAAGUCAUCUAGCAACCUUUUCUACCUUCAUGCUAAAGCUCCUUCACCAUUAUGGCAUCAACGAUUAGGCCACCCUUCUCAACAAGUUCUUCGCCAACUCUUAGCUAAGAACAAAAUCAAUGUAACCGAUUCAUUGAAUCAACUUCCUCUAUACUCAGAUUGUUAA